UGGCAGCUGAGCAAAUCCAAGCAAGAAGGCAUGAAAGGGUCACCUGAGAUGGAGGAGUGUGUGAGCCACAUGUGAUGGUGAGGUAUUCUGGAGUGGCCACGACAUUCUCCAGGACACAAAACAUCUUAUUUAUUGCAGCUGAGCAGUGGGCUUUGAGCGUUUUAUUGUUUUUAUUUUCUACAUGCCAUCACAUUUUCCAUAUGAGCCCAUGGCAUCAGUCUCAUAUUCCUGCUAAAGCCCACUGCUGUGGUGAUAGCUGUGUCUCAUGAUAGGUAGGAAGAGGGGGGAGCCAAAAAGACCCUGUUUUUUUCAGAACCAAACAGAUCACCUUUAAGGACCUCCACGGCGAAGUACCCUCUGUGAUAGAGAGAGAAAGGAGAACCUACUUCUUUAGACAUUGGAAGUGGUAUUGGCAGUGGUUUCUUGCAAAGUCAUUCCCUUCGUAAAUCAUUUAUUCUGUGUCUAGGUCCAGCCAUCUUUGAAGCAUGAGUUCACACCAGCAGAAGCAGCCCUGCACAGAACUUCCUCAGCUGCAUGAGCAGCAAGUGAAACAGCCUUGUCAGCCACCACCUCAGGAGCCAUGUGUCUCCCAAAUCAAGGAGCCCUGUGACACCAAAGUUCCUGAGCCCAGUCACCCUAAGGCUCCUGAGCCCAGUCACCCUAAGGCUCCUGAGCCCUGCCACCCCAAGGCUCCUGAGCCCAGCCACCCCAAGGCACCUGAGCCCUGCCACCCCAAGGCACCUGAGCCCUGCCACCCCAAGGCACCUGAGCCCUGCCACCCCAAGGCUCCUGAGCCCUGCCACCCCAAGGCUCCUGAGCCCUGCCCCUCAACUGCCACUCCAGUCCUAGCCCAACAGAAGACAAAGCAAAAGUAAUAUAGUCCAAAACUGUGCUUUGGAGAGCUGAUCACCACAUGGAUGCUGAGCACCAAUUUCCAUUCUGUUUGAGUAUACAAGGCCUUUACAUCACAGUCUCACCUCUCAUGUAUAUCUUAAAAUGAAGUACUACAAAGCUUUUUUUUUACCUAUAAAUGUCGGACAUAUGCGUCUCUGAAUUCAACUGAGAACUUGUUUCCUGAGAUCAUGUGUCUACUCAAAACACUUCUGAAGAGGGAACAAGUUAAGAGUGAUUCAGUUCUGUUAUGUCCCCAUUAAAUCUCCUUC